AUGAUUCUUGGCAAGAAAGCAGAUGACUUCUUUGUCGCUGUCAAGCAACAUCUGGACGGUAUCAAACCUGGCCGACUGGAUAGCAGCCUCGACGCCUUCCAACAAGCCGCUACAACUCUCGUCGACUUGUCUGGAGACCUCAAAGGACAGGACCUUGCUCAUCUGAUCUACAAUGCCAAGGCCACUCUCCUUUUCACUCAGAUCUACAUUGUGCUAGCCAUCGUGGUUGGGGCUUUGCUGAUCAGGAGGUUGGGACGAUUCAUCCACCAUGUUCGCAAGAGCAUGAAGAACCUCAGCGACGUGACUGAGAUCACGAAGAAUAUUCAUUACCAGACUCAAUUCGCUGGUGCGGUUCAUCGCUUCAUUGAAUAUCAGCAUGUGUUACAUGAGAAAGAAUAUUCGGUGGACCCACAGGAUGCUGUCUACUUUGUCUAUCAUCCUGGAAACGACUGGCAUGCCUCGUUCCAUACUGAGAAUGUCGUGACCAAGGGCUUUGGUGGCGUGUAUGACGACUUCCCAGCACUCAUCGAGCAUCUACGCACUCUUCGCCAGAACCCCGAGUUCAGUGCCGUCAUCUACGUUUUGCUUCCUUCCGCCCAUCGAUAUGAGUUCACUAUUGAUCUCCGCUCUGAUACAGCUCUUUUGCCUCUCAAGAUUCGAGGUCAGAGAGACUAUAGCGGCAAAGCACUAUGUCGCGGUCACAUUAGAGGCAAGCCACCUGGAGUCGAGCUGAAAGAUGUUGAUUCCGCGCCAAAGAAACCGAGACCGUACUGGCCGAUCAUUUGGCCCUUGUUUGGCUUCGUGGUGAUGCUCAUGGUGUCAAUCGCUACCUCAGAGUACUUAGAGCAAUAG